AUGCAUUGGAUCGUCACCAUCCUGGCCAGCGUAGCCAUUGUGAAGGGCCAGGAUUUCGCAUCGUUGUUGGGUCCGCUUCUUGGUGGUGGUGGUGGAGGAGGGGGAAACCCUCUUGGGGGUAUCCUGGCUGGCCUAGGCGGUGGUGGCGGUGGCAAGGGACCUGAUAUAGGCAGUUUAUUCAGUCUUGGGGCAGGAUUACUUGGAAAGGGCGGCGGCGGAGCACCGAUGAUACCGAUACCAGCGCCAGCAGCUCGUCCAGCUCCCGCGGGCCGAGGCGGCGGCAUUCAGGGUCCCACAAACAUCGCCGUUCCCGACUACUCAGACUACGAAGACAAGACUGGACCCAAACCGUCGCCUGUUCAGACUCAGCAGCAGCGCAAGGAACAGCGUCAAAAAGCCCGACGAGAGAAGGAGAAACUGGCCGUCACCACCGAAACUCCUGACGCGUUGCGUCCACCGAACAGUAUGACAUGGAUGCAAGGCGGCCACGCUUCCAACGCCGGUGACAUCGACAGCGACUACGACAUCGUCGGGAUGACGGGUCCUGGCGCCCGCGCAGCAGCGCCGCCGCCGCCGUCGGAAUUCACUCCAGUCGGACGUAGUGUACAACGAGCACCUAAUCCAGUAUACCAUAAUCCACGUGCACGUACAUUUGUCCUGAAUCAAGCCACGCUUCCACCGAUGAGGAUAUAUCCUCAACAAUUUGUGCAGCAACCGUCAUUACCACCUCAACAAUUUGUACAACAACCGCAGUUUCCGCCCCAACAAUUUGUACAACAACCGCAGUCACCGGCUCAACAAUUUGUACAACAACCGCAGUCACCGGCUCAGCAACAGUACUGGAACUGGGCGCCACCAACCGCAGCGCCAAUUGUCGCCACUACGGUGGCUCCGAUAAUGCCGGUGAACACAGCGCCACCGUUUACACUACCACCACCGGAACAGGCGACGAAACCAAGUCCAAAACUAUUGGCGCAUAAUACAGCACGGAUGAUUCGCGAAAUUGCAACAUUUUCCGACCACCAUCAUGGGGCAAAUGAAGAUUACGGUGCAGUACAAACACUGAUGGAAGCAUUUUUUGAGGCAAUCGCUGAACCAAAACCGUUAACAGUACCACAGGAUCCAACUCGCGCUGUGAAUAUCUACAAACCAAUGUAUGACGGUACUGAAAUGGGUGCUAACCGUCCACUUACCAACAAACUUUUCGAAAGUGAUAUGGUGCUUACAGUGGAGCAAAUGAAGGGAGUUGUGUUGGCAUCGAAAGCACAACGGCAAGGAGGACUUCGGAGAGGAAAAAGAAAGGUGAUUACCGGAUCAGUGUAUCGAUGGCCACGUGCGCCGAUCCCGUACAGAUUCAAGGAAGGAGACGAAAAAUGGCGCAAUCUCAUUCGUUCCGCUCUCAAACAUUGGGAAUCGGAGACGUGUGUACGAUGGGAAGAAAAUGGCCGCGGCAAGGAUCACGUAAUUUUCUUCCGUGGAAGCGGGUGCUAUUCGAGUGUAGGUCGGACAGGCGGAUCACAAAUGAUUUCUAUUGGUUAUGGAUGCGAGGAUAAAGGGAUUGUUUGUCACGAAGUUGGACAUUCACUUGGAUUCUGGCAUGAGCAAUCGCGACCGGACAGAGAUCGAUACAUUUCAUUGAACAAACAGUUCAUCAUUCGUGGUACCGAUGGGAAUUUCGAGCGUAGAACGACGCAAGAGAUUGAGGACAUGGGGCUGCCGUAUGAUAUGGGGUCGGUGAUGCAUUAUGGACCGAAUCUGCUCUCUUCACACCCACAAAAGGCGUACUAUCCAUUAUUAUCAUUCUCUGCGUUCACCAACGAUUGGGAUCAGAUAACCAUCAAAACAAAUGAUCAUAACUAUCAACGAACGAUCGGUCAACGUGCUGCACCCUCCUUCAUUGAUGUGAAACAAGUGAAUCGACUCUAUUGUAACGAUGUGUGCGCCCAGCUACCGUGCGAAAAUGGAGGAUAUCCAGAUCCAAACAACUGUAACGUGUGUAAAUGUCCGCCAGGACUGACUGGACGAACAUGCAAAGAGAUUCCGCAAGUUGGAUGCGGUGGCGAAUUGACGGCGACACCGGUCUGGCAAGAACUCGGACAUCGUGGCAAAAGAAAAUGUUUCUGGAGAAUACGAACCAACAAUGCUCGUAUUCGAUUUAUUCUGAGCAACGUAAACUACCGUUGCGAAACCACCUGCAGAGCUUACGUGGAGAUCAAGCACAAUUCCGAUUUUCAACAAACAGGAUUUAGAGCAUGUUGCAAUGAGGGUGAAAUCCAUGUGACAUCCGAACAAGCAGAAGUGCUCAUUAUUGCUGAUUCAACGGAAUUGAGCUAUGAAACAGGUUUCAAUCUUCGGUACAUUCAAGACUCUGGCCAACCUUUACCCAAACCGCCUCCGUCUGUUUGGGUGCCGGGAAGUGAGAAUCGUGGAUUCCGUGGUUCGACGGCGGUUGGUGGCCCAAUCGAGAAAUUCAUUCUUAAUGCUAUACCAAAAGUUCGAGAUCCUAAUCGUCCAUGGGAAAGCAUCGCCAGCAUCGUCGCCGAAUACAGUUUGGCCAGCUUAUUAGGCGUAAGUCAGCGGCGCUAG